AUGGAAACGCGUACAAGAGGUCGGAGAAGAAACAACCCUUCACGUGAAGCUACAAGAUCCCCGCAAUAUCCUACAGCACAGCAAUCUACGCCUCGGAGUGCCGCCUCAAAAGCUAGCCGAUAUGGUUCACUUUCCAAAGACCCCAUUCCUCGUCGGAGCGCCCCGAGACCCCCUAAAGCCGAUAGUGUUGUCAGCCUAGGAUCAAGGGUGAGGCCGAACAGCGAGAUCGAUGAGGAUGAGGCUCAGGAGGAUCGCGAAGAGGAGUCGCAGGAGCAGCAAACACCCGGGCCGGACAAUGAAGAGACGUACCAGAUCAUGUUGUCGCUUCUAGAGGACUUCAAAAGAGCUGUUGACGAGCUUCACCAUCGCCUUGUCAAUGGAGAUCGCGAGAACAUUGUGUUUGCUACGAUUUUAAAGUCGAAGCGGACUGCGUUUUAUUCUCUCCUCGAAUAUUACCAGCAGCCUCAGUCGGAUUCGCCAUUUAUCGAUCCCGAACGGAUCGCAAGGCUGAGCCAGAACACAGCGGUCGGUCUUACAAAUGUCCUCUUUCGUGCGAAUAUCGUCAACGCUGUUGAUGGUAUACAGCAGCUCCACCAUCAAACAGAAAAGGACACUUUAUCGUUCCUGAAUGAUCUAAACAAUGCGUUCAGUCACCUGUUUACUUCUGAAGCCGCUAGUAAAGACCAUCAGAAGCUGGCAUUGAAUCUUCGCACAUGCCUUGCGAUUGAGGUAUUGGCAGCAGAUCCUGGGCAUUUCAACGUCAAGGAGAUCAUCGCCUCGGCAUUUUGCAAAGACACGGACACCAAGGACUAUGCUAAGCUCUUUGCCAACGGCCCGUUCAAACGCUUGACAGACAAUAGUGAAGACGAAGUUAGCGAUGAUGAGGCAGACCUGAUAUCAGAACGGGUAACCCAUCUUUACCGUCUUUUGCACAAGGACGAGAAGGGCCAUGGCCUUGAAGGCUUGAAAAACGAGUAUUCUCGGGAAAAAACGAUGCAAGGGUUGCAAAAGUGCCUCUUUGAGUGGUAUAACGUUUUGAAGGACGCCGACAGAAACGAUAAAGCAGGUUCAAAUGGGCUACCUGAGACGGGGAGAGAGUCGUGGCAUGAUGCUGAGGAGACUAUUCCUGACUCUGUUUCGGAAUCUCAGCCAAUUAUGCGGCCUACUGACCAGGAGAAAAGGGGAGCCUCUCUGUUCCAAGGAGCACAAUCUUUCAGAGAGCUACAAUCAACAAGCCCAAGACGCACCCAAAGGCCUCCUCCCUCCAACCAACAGCAACACAGAAAAGCUCCCUCCAUCGCUCCAUCCGACUACUCCCAGGACGACACCAGAGACCUCCUCCUGGGCAACAUAAUUCGCAGCCCAGCCCAGCCCCGAGGCCGUAAACGCACGCACCAAGAAGUCCACGACGACGAUGAAGACGAAGGCGAAUUCGAAGACGACACCCGGCAAGUCCCCGACUCUCGCCUCGCCCAAGUCAAAGCCUUCUCCGCCGCCCAAGCAGCCAAGCGUCCACGAGCUUCCCGCCCUGAACCCUCACAAGAGAUGCCACCUCCCCCCAUCCCCAACCGCACUACAUCAUCUCCCAAAUCAACACCAGACUUCGAUGCAUUGCGCGAAAGAAAGAAUGAAAUCGUGACCUGGAGACGCGCUCUGAACGCCUCUUCUCAAACCCCACCCUCAACCACAGCUACCUCAUAUACCGUCGCCUCUGGCCCCAAGCAACGCCACCCGUGGUCUCAUCAUGACUCGUUGUGUCUCAUCCGACUUAUUAGUGAGGUAGGAGCCAAAUGGAGCAUCAUUGAACAGAAACAUAGUCACAAAUUUGAACGGGCACGCGAUCAACAGGCCUAUCGGGACAAGGCACGCAACUUGAAGGUUGAUUUCCUUAUGACGGAUACAGUGCUCCCCCCUGGUUUUGACAAGGUUGCUCUGGCGGGUAAUCAGAUACGGAAGUUGGAGGCUCUAGGGAAGAAUCCGGAGAGGUUGGAGGCGGAUCUGGAUGCGGAUGAGAACCCUAUCAAUACUGAUCUUUGA